AUGGGCCGAACACGAACAAAAUCAAGAAAGGCGACUGCGUUAUUGUCAAAGGUCGCAGUUGAAGAACCCACGCUGCCUCCCUCUGUGUCUGCUCUUCUCGAAAAGUCUCAGUCCUUGAUAGUACAAUGCGACUAUGAUCUCGCAAGGCGAUUUGUGCAGCGCGCACUAGACCGAGAGCCGUCCAAUGCGCAGGCGAAGGAGAUGCUGGGAGUGGUGCAGUUGGAGACUGGGGAACUCGAUGCAGCAAAACUAACGUUCACAUCGCUCGUACCUCCACAUCCCAGUGCUCCUGUUCCUCCUCCCCCGUCCGCACAUCUCUACCUCGCGCAGCUGAGCGAUGAUCCACACGCGGCCUUAAAACAUUACCAAGCGGCCGUCGACGUCCUCACGGUUCAGCUCAAGGGGAAGGAUCGCGCAGUGGACUCUGCCAGUACCAGUGAUGAUGACGCGGAUGUCAAGCAUAGUAUAGUUCGCGCUCUGAUUGGGAUGGUGGAGAUCUGGAUGGAUGAUUUGUGCUUCGAGCCUGCAGCAGAAAAGUCGUGCGAAGAUCUCUUAAGUUUAGCAUUGCAGACAGAUCCCGGAAAUACCGAGGCGCUACAAGCACUAGCAUCUGUACGACUCUCGCAGCAAAGACCAGACGAUGCAAAAGCUUGUCUUGAGCAGGCGUGGACUGCAUGGAAAAGUUUAGAUCUUGAUGAUUCUCGUCUCCCUCCGAUACCCACUCGCCUGUCACUUGUAAAGAUGUUCUUGGAGCUUUCGUUGUACACACCUGCGCUGUUUGUUCUCCAAGGUGUAAUGGCCACUGAUGACCAAGAUGUCGAAGCGUGGUAUCUCGAGGGUUGGUGUUUCUUCCUUAUGGCGGAGCAAGCGCAAGAGAGUGGAGGUAAAUUGGACGAAUUGACAUGGCAAGAACUGGCCAAAGACGCUCGAGACUGCUUGGAAACUUGCCAAAUGUUGCACGUCAACCAGGAGCAUCCGGAUAAGCCACUCUUAGAACAUGUACUCGAACUCAUUGCUAAGUUAGAAGCGCUGGGAAUUCAGCCGUCACCUGAGGGAGCCGAUGAGGAAGAGAAUGAUAGUUGGGAGGACGCUGAAGGAAGCGACGAUGAGGAUGCACAGCGACCUGCAAGUUGUCUUCGUUAUAGAUGUUUUGCUCAAUCCGCCUCCAAAGCGCCCUCAGAAGCCACCCAAGCAAUACCGAAACCGAAGGCUUCAACGCCUCUCCGUAGAUCUGCCUCUGCCUCUUUGCCUAUUCGUUCUAAUCCGACUCCUACUCGGAGCGAUAUCCAGCCGGUGUUCACACUUGCAACUGCGGAGCGCUACCUUCUCCCAAAUUUAAAGGACCGCCUUCCGUCGUCCGCGAAGCUGCUGCAUGAGUCAUGGUGGAUACCGAGAUGGACCGAAGAUGGGCGAGAUGGUGAGAUUUUUAUUUUCGGAAAUGGCAGCUUUGUAUGCUGGGGGCUGGGUGAAGACCAGGCCCGGAAAUUUGCUCAGAAGGUUCUCGCCAAAUCAAAUGCUGAGGUUGCACCACUGCUCGAACCGGAGACAGAGGACCUCGAGUUUGUGACAGAUCCGGAAGAGACUACUCGGCUGCAAGGCGACUUAAUAAUUCUCGGGAAGAGUCCAGCGCCAACGACGGAUGAAGCACUUCCCGGCAAUCUACCUCAUUCCUUGCUGCCUCAGGAAAAUGUGUUAGCUCGCUAUGCGUUUUCGCAGGCACUCUCUCGUUCUACUGCGCUUUCUGCGCUAGAACUUUCCCUCGAGAAGUACCUUUCGUCAGUGGCUCUCUUACCGGACACGUUACGGCGAACAGGAAAACCUGGACUAAGUCGCAAGGCUUUGGUGAUGAAGCUCGGUCAACUGCUAAAGUUCCGUCAGGGAAUUAACUUGAAUAGAGAAAAUUUUUCUGAUACACCCGACUUGUACUGGGCUGAGCCUGCUCUGGAAAAUUAUUUCAACUCGUUGAGCAAUGCAUUGGAGAUGAAGGCUCGUACACGAUCGGUCAAUGACAAAAUCACGUACGCUGCCGAGAUGCAAUCGGUUCUACGGGAGCUUUUGACAGAGACUUCCGGGCACAGGAUGGAGCUCAUCAUCAUUGCACUUAUUGCAGUUGAAGUUAUCAUUUGUCUUAUCCGGGAUGGACCUGAAUUGUGGCACAUGGUUACGGGAGCCAGCGACAAGAGUGAAGAAAACAAUUCUGCAGUCUCUGCUCACGAACGGAAUUCUUGA